AUGUUACAAAAACAUCAUGAUGAAAUAAACCAAUUGGUUUACUAUGAGGCUAAUAAAUUUCUGAAUAAUGAUAUAGAAAGACACUGUCAUGAUAAACAAGAAAUCGAAAUAUAUGAUGCAUUGUUAUUAGAAAUGCAACAAAUCCUACUAAAUGAACUUAUUUAUUUAGUAGAAGGAAUAAAUAAUAUAACUAAAGUAUGGUCUGAUAAAUUUUAUGAAGAAAAAUCAAUAGAAGAAAUAGUUUCUUCUACUACUUAUCUAUAUGCAUUUAAUUAUAAUAAUUGGGAUUUCCUUAAAGAGACUCUCAAUAAGGUUUUAAAAAGCCAACCAAAAUCGCAACAACUUAUUAAUCUCUUACAAGAAUUUACAGAAAAAAUUAAAUCUUCAUCUAAUGACUCAUCUGAAGGUUUAUUUAAAGACUCAUCUAAAGACUUAUCUGAUGACUUAUCUGAUGAUAAAGUUGAUAGUAAUAAAGAAAAUCAAGAAUUCAUACUGUUAAAUCCUAAAAAAAAACGUGGAAAAGG